GAGAAGCGAUCGCGAGAAAAAAAAUGCAACCUCCCAAAAUAAAGAGCAAAGAUUGCAUUAGGAGCGAACAGCGCUGCAGAUAUAGAUGGCAGCUUCGUGUCAGUGAGUUUGCGUCCCCUUUCCUGAUCCACGAACUGGAGUGAUUAGAGCCCUGGAAGGGAAUCGUUACUCCCGUGAAGUCCCCUUUUCCUGGCAGUCAUCUGCACUGUACACGCUGGAUCCCUCGCUCCAUCCACCCCACUCACUCGCUCCUCUCUCACCUCCUCUCUCCCUCUCUCCUGCAUUGAUUUUUUUUCUCUCCUUUUUUUAGUUGACUGAAACAAAACAAAACAAAAGGGCCACUGGAUGUCUGCCUUCUUGGGGGGUGAGCCAGACAGACUGACAAACAAACAGACCCAGCUGAGCUCGGGGGAGGGUUUCUCCUCCGGUUUUGCCCGGCAGCAGCAGCAUGGACGUGUUGGCUAGUUAUAGUAUAUUCCAGGAGCUACAACUUGUCCACGACACCGGCUACUUCUCAGCUUUGCCAUCCCUGGAGGAGACCUGGCAGCAGACAUGCCUUGAGUUGGAACGCUACCUCCAGACGGAACCCCGACGGAUCUCGGAGACCUUUGGCGAGGAUUUGGACUGCUUCCUCCAUGCCUCUCCUCCCCCGUGCAUUGAGGAAAGCUUCCGGCGCUUAGACCCCUUGCUGCUCCCAGUGGAAGCCGCCAUCUGCGAGAAGAGCUCUGCCGUGGACAUUCUGCUCUCUCGGGACAAGUUGCUAUCUGAGACCUGCCUCAGUCUCCAGCCAACCAGCUCUUCCCUAGACAGCUACACAGCCGUCAACCAGGCCCAGCUCAACGCAGUGACCUCAUUAACGCCCCCCUCAUCCCCUGAGCUCAGCCGCCAUCUGGUCAAAACCUCACAGACUCUCUCAGCCGUGGAUGGCACGGUGACGUUGAAACUGGUGGCCAAGAAGGCUUCCCUCAGCUCAGUGAAGGUGGGAGGGGUGGCGGCGGCCGCAGCCGUGGCACCAGCUGGAGCAGUUAAGAGUGGACAGAGCGACAGUGAACAAGGAGGGGUAGGGGCUGACUCGUGCCCUGAAAACAAGAAGAGGGUCCACCGCUGUCAGUUUAAUGGAUGCCGGAAAGUUUAUACAAAAAGCUCCCACUUAAAGGCCCACCAGAGGACUCACACAGGUAGUGAGAAGCCUUACAAGUGCUCAUGGGAAGGAUGCGAGUGGCGUUUUGCACGGAGCGAUGAGCUCACAAGGCACUACAGGAAACACACAGGUGCAAAGCCCUUUAAGUGCAACCACUGCGACAGGUGUUUCUCCAGGUCUGACCAUCUUGCUCUCCAUAUGAAGAGACAUAUCUAAACAAAACAAAACAAAAACAAGAGUCAACAACAACAACAAAAACAACAAAACACCAUAAAGGCCAGAGUUGCCAUGGCAUCAGCCAAUGGCCGAAGGAAAUGCCCUGAGGUGGAGGGCUGGACUUCAGGCGGGGAGCACUGCCUCGCAGAAGAAAGUUCUCGCUUACAAACCUCUGUGUACAUACUUGUACACGCACACAUACACACACCCUCACACACAGACCCACACACAUACCCACUGUCAUGCACUCAACUAUAUUUAGAGUAUAUAUGUGUAUUUCUUAUGCCUUGCCCUAGCCAGAUGGUAGAAGACGAGGAAGAAGGAAGCCAGGUGAACUCAGCAAGGCGCUGGCUGCUGACUCCACCCCUAUUGGAAUUACUUCCCGCUGUUGCCAAUGGAAAAAAAGCAAACAAACAAGCAUGGAUGUCUCCAUGGUGGCCAGCAGUGUGAGGGGCUUAUGUAACUUUGCUUCUCAGUGCAACGUAAUAAGAGAAUUCAACAUCUCCCGGUUGCGUACGUGUAGCACUAACGUUUCCUUUUAAAUAGUUGGGGGAAUUGACCUAGCAAACCAAAUUGCAGUUUGGUAGCCAAACUUAACUCCUGGUUUAUUUGUCCUUUGUGUGUGAAAAGUCCUGCUAUUCCGUGCGUCACGCUUCCUCCCAGAACUGUCGGUUGGUUUGGGUUCUUCUUAGGACCCUUGAGCUCUUUUGAGUCGGUACCAAUGGCCUUAGCGGCGGCGGCAGCCUGUGGAUUCCCAUCUUACACCUCUCUGGCCUGAAUCUCUCUAGACUUCACUCUCAAGGGAGGAGUUUUCUUUUCUUAUCUUUUUGACUCUCGCACAUCAUAUGCACUAGGGAUUCUGGAAACUUCUAGCAUGACUGCAAAGUGGCCAAGAGAAUAGAGUCUUUGAUGACAAGUCACAGUAUACCCCUUGAGCCUCACCUUCUUGCCAGUGCUAGAUUUUUUCUUUUUAAUCUCUCUGAUUUUUUGCUAAAGGAAACUUGAAAAAAAGCUUAUUUGGAAGCUUAAAUGUUUUAUCUUUUCUCCAUGGACUAAACCUCUCCGGGACUCUCGCAGCACCUGGAUGUCCAGCUCUCGAAGCAGCCAAUCAGACGGGACAUCACAGUUCUCUCAUCCCUCCUUGAGGCGUGAUGACCUCCGCUCACAGGGAGCAGCUCCUGUGCUGUCAUGGCUACCCUAGAACCAGUUACAGCAUAGAUGUCGCUAGUCUCCAAGGGCAGCUGCAUAUUUAAUAUAACUCUGGGUUAUGACCUGACAAAAAGCCAAAAAUAUCACUCUUUUCCAGGAGUGGGGAAUCUGAGGAUGCCUCCCAAGUCCAGAGGCAUCACAAAACAUCAUCCCAUCCCUUCCCUCUUACCCACUGAGCUCAUGGUACCCACUUGUUAAAUACAUUCUCCAACAUGCCAUUGUGGGAAUGAAGGUUGUCCGUUGAGGAAAGGAUGGAGGUGUCUCUCUUUUGAUGUGUCUAGGGGUAUUGGGGGCUUUCUUUGGGGGAGGGGGAGCUGGUUCUUUUGGCUAGGCCCACCAUGACUUGUGACCUAAAGCACCCAGGAUCAACAGAGGCCUCAUAUUUACUCCAAAAGCUGACUCCAAGGGGUUAUAUUGCUCACUUGCAUCUCACACACAUACACCCAAUGUUGGUCUCUAUCUUCCUGAAUUCUUAGCUAGCUGGCACUGGCCUAAACUCCAAAGACUGCCUUUAGGACCAUAAACUGUCCUAUGCAAGCAAGCGGGGUGGUUAUUAGGGCAGAUUGUAUAUUUUGUAUAUUCUGGGACCAUCCCUUCAAGACAUGUCUAACAAACAAAAAUGGCAUUUGGUCCACACAUGGUUGCUGCUCCUUCAUACCAGCCGGCUCCCUCCUGGCCUCCUCUGACUGCUUGACUCAUUGACUGUUAAAAUGCGACCCCAUACAUAUUUGGGAUGCAAAGCUGAAGUCUUUUAAAGGAAAUAAUAAUAAUAAUAUAAGCAACACAAACACAUAUGACAGCAACCUUCAAGAUCCUUGGCACUUGGGUUCUCAGCUUUCUACAGCUUCUGUUUCACUGAGAUGUUGAAUCUACUCGUCUGAGGGUGGAAGGACCUCCUUGUCACAAAUGCUAUAGCUUCCAGUGGGACACCUGGAGCAUUUAGAGGUCUGGCCUUUAGAAUUUUCUUUUUUAUUUUACUUUUUUUUUCAAUUUAGACCAAAAAUAAAUAAAAAAGAAAAGAAAGCACCCUAAAAUACACACAUGCGCGUGCAUGUACGCGCACACACACACAAACACAUAAACACACAAACACACACACACACAUUCCAUUUGCCAGAAGCAAUUAUGUAUAUGUUAGUUGGAGGGUAUUAAAGAAAAAAGAAAUCUGUUUUAUCCCAAAGAUUUAAAAGCGGACACGACUUAUUUCCUGGAGCUCUGCUUACUGACAAUCUCAUUCUCUACUACAUUUGAGUGCAUUUUGCAGCCAGUCCGUCCAUCAGGGCACGCUAUGGGAUUAUAUUUGAAUGUGUGGUGCAUCCUCUUUGGGUGAAGGAUGUGUGAGGGACCUUGAACCUCAGCUGUAUUAAACUGUAGCUAGCGCCUCCAGUCAGUGCACUAGAUGAAACUUUACCCAGAUUCUGUUGGUUUGUUUCUUUUUUUUUUCUUCUACAGCAGCCUCUAACAUGAAUGCACGCACACGCCAGGGAUGGCAUUAAGCCAUGGCUGUCACGAUUCACAGAUGUUCUCUCCAAGGCUGGGGCUGCUCUUGCUCUCAAAAUGUUAUUACUAAGGUUUAUAGUGCUUAAUUUAAAUUUUGUACUGACCGUUGCAAGGCUCUAUUUAAAAAGAAAAGGAAAAAAAAAAGAAAAAGAAAAAAGUGAAAAAAAAAUACACAAAAGAGUAAUCAUUGCUAUUUGUCCCCCUUCGUCAUCUGUGGUUUCAUUUGAAUGUGGCAGAACAAAGGCUCCUUGGUCCUCUUUGGUGUCUGAAAUGUUUGGUAAUUUCCCUUUUGUAUCAGUGAGGUCCUCUGUCAUCUGCUCCUGCCCUCUCUUGGAGCACGAUGCACUGAGAUGCCAUGACGGUGCUUGCUUGCUUCAGAGUCCUUUGUUGACUGUGGGAAUCGGCCUGAGAAUUUGGUGGGUGCUAAGCGCGUGGCUUUGAACCUCUUCUUCUCUAGCCCCAGUGGGCACCUGUGGAGGAUCACUAGUCUGCAGCGUGAAGUGGGCAGCCCUUGGACAUUUUGGAAAUAGGUUUGUGGAGGAACCAUCGGUCCUUUUCAAAUUGCCGAGGUGGUCUCGAAACCUCUCGUGGGGGAGCAGGUUUUCCAAGAAAUAACCUCAACAUAUAUUUUGCUCCCAAGAGGACUGGUUACCUAGAAUGAUGUAAUGGACAUUUCAAUCACAAAAAUCUCUUUCACGGUUUAAAGCAUUACCUCCCAACAGUCCAAGGGGUCUGAAAAUUGAAAGGACAGACCUGGCGUAGUGUGUCAUAGGCUGUCCUCUUGAGGGCUCUGUCCAGGGUCCAGACUUGGCUGUGUAGAAGAUGUGUUUCUAAGCCACCGGCGAUUUCCUUUGCUUCCAGUGUCGCCUCUUUCUCGUCCACACGACGUCAGGGAUGUGGAGACCUGACAUUGCCAUGCUGCUCCCGGCUUCUGGCCUCCGGUCCCACUGUCGGCUCACUGGCCCAGCUUCAUGCUCACAGUGAUGAGCGUUUGGUCCAGAAAAAAAGAGAUGUUUGGAUUUCAUGAUAAAGCUGCAUUUUUGUAAAAAUAUUGGAGACCCCAAAAUGACAUUCAUGCUGGCCAUUUACCCCUUGCUUUCCAAAUUCCUUCAUAAAUCCUCCCAGCACGCCUCUCCCUGCCGUCACCUCCCCACGCGCACCUCCUCUACCCUCCAUCUUCGAUUGCCUGAUGAUAACAGGGUAAAAAGACAGCCAACCUCAUGCCUGAUGAGCAGGAUGGGUUCUUAGGGGUUUUUUGUUUGGUUGGUUUUUGUUUUUUUAACUCUUCUUUGAAAUCAGAGAAGAGCUUAUUUGGGGACUUGAAUAUGGGCUAAGCUUCCAAAUGAUCCCUGUCUAUUUGCAUCCAUGGGAAAGCAGCUGGGGUUGGAGUUGGGGGCUAACCCAUACAUUCAGAACUUCCUGCCUGCAGCCUCCACUCCUGCAUCAUCUCCUGGGAAAGCCCAAAGAAACACAUUGCCAGUGCUAACCUCAAUAAUGGUUCUUAAUAGUUCUGGGUGACGACUUCUUGGUCACUUUAUAACGUCAAAGUAAAAACAACUUUUCCUCCUCUUUUGCAUGUGUUCCUCCAAAAGGACAAAGGUAGGGGGCAUACGGCCCAUUUGAGUACACAAAUCAGUCUGCUUACUCCCCUUUAAAAACAAAGAAACAAACGACCUCAUAUCAACAUAUGGCUGAAAUCUUGCACCUAAAAUAUUGACCGAGUGGAAAUUUAGCAAGUAGUACCUGGCUGAAAUAAAUUCACAAAAGCUUUCCCUCAAAUUUUCUAGAAGUGGCAGAAGUUGGGGCAGGCGGAUACCUAGUUCUGAAUGCCCAGGUUGCAUUUCGGGAACACGGGGGAUGCUUGCUUAAUUUGGAACUGGAGGGCCCAGCCUGAGCAUAGUUUGCUGCCUUCCUGGUGGCCUCUUUUUCUCUUUGAGGAUCUUUGGAAGCUUUUGAGAUGGACAACAGAAAUAUGUCAGAGAAAGCAAAAUCUGUUUCUAUGAAAUGUGGUGUCUCAUCACUAAUGCCUGGGGCUUCAGGGUUUCUUAUUUUUAACACUUAAGUCUCCCCUCCUAGGUUCCUCUAGCAGAUCCCAGGAAGGGGAUAACUAAGCUGCAGUUAACUUUCUGUGCAUCCUUUCAAUAUAGUACUGUAUUCUUCAGGUGUUCUGUAUCUGCGUGUAAGUCCUCGGGAAACAGGUAUCCAAAACAAGAGUGAAAUCCAGGCUGUUACUUCAAAAAUAUCCCUAACAAGAUAUACUCUUUCAAAACAGGGCUCCCUCUCCGUGGUCAUGAGGGAAGGUUGAUGUGUUCUUGGUUGGGGACCGUUUAUACGAUUUUUUUCAACUGUGAGCUCUGACCCCAGCUUCUGUCUACUGCCAUAAAAAGGACCCCACGUCAGAAUCAUGAGGGUGGUGUGUGUGCACACGCCUUCAUGGGUGUGCACAUGUACCUAUUGUACCUUCACAGAAGGAAAACAGGCUACUGAGGUAUAAGAGGGGUAGCCACCAGUGCCUAAUCUCUUUUGGGGGGAUGAAUGCUUAUAAUGCCAGUAAGUAAAAACCACACCCCUGGGAGUUAGUUCCAUGUACAGGGGAGGAGCAGUGGGUGGGGAAAGGGGACAUUUUAAUCCUUGCCCUUGGGACCAGAGGCAGAACAAUUUCUGUAAAUCGGGUCCUGAAGACUUGGGGGCUCAUUGAUGGUUCUUAGUUUUGCUUCCCAGCAUGCAUUUCCUAACCCAAGCUCAGACAGUUCCAUUUCUUUCAUCUUCACUUCUGCUCCAUUCCAGGGAGGAAAAAUACACCUGUUAGGGCCAAGAUCUCCUUGCUAGCACAGAGGCAAAAAUAAAUGUUUCAUGUCUUUGGAGCCUCCCUCCCUCCCUUCCCUCACCACCACACCCCCCCCCCAGCACCGUCAUCCCUGCUCAUAAUACAUGACUCCCCAGCCACCAUGACUUUUAUUUCUACUCUGUUAUCUUCUUCACAGUUGCUUGAAGAAAUUUAAUUUUGCACUAUACAUUUUCGUUUUGCCGGACGUGUCUACCAAGCGUGUUUGGAAAGACUUGCUCCCAGCCCCUCCCCUCCCCCCACCUCCCCGUCACAUUCUCUCAGGCCUUCUCUGGUAUUUAUAAUAUAUCACAGAAGUACCCAGUCUUAUAGCCCUCGGUUAUGCCUUUUUUUGACAUUUUAUUUUUUUUAAGCUUUUUAUAUAUAUAUAUAAAUAUAUUACUUUGUCAAGUUUUUUUGCUGUACAAAAGUCUUAAGAUUUAAAACUAUUAUUUGUAUUAUAUGAUGGUGGUAUGUUAAUGUUACAAAAUUAUUAAUGAAGAAAAAAUUUAUUUUUGUUACUGGUCUGUUUCAUAAUUCUUUUUUAAAUUGGUAUAUUGUAAGAUAUCUAUGCAAAAAUGUUAUGUGACGCAUUUUUAUUUAAGAAUGUAAUAUGUGUAAUAAACAGUAGAAUGUG